UUGGCUACAAUUUUUUUUUUGUUUUUCCGUAUUCUUUUUUUUUUAUUUUUUUUUUUUUAAGAAAAAGCACAAAGCACUCUAUUACUAUGGCUAAGUUUCAACUUCACGGUCGCUUUAAUAAUAAUAACAACAACAACAGCCAACAAGGCAAGCCUUACAACCGAAACAAUAACAAUGACCGCUCCUUCAACCGCCAAGGAGGAGGAGGAGGAUAUAAUAACAAGCAGCAGCAGCAUCAAAAGCAGCAGCAGCAGCAUCAAAAGCAUCGCUUGCAACCACAGCACCACCGUCAACAACAACAACCUCAACGACAUAAUCACGGUAAAAAGAACCGAGUUGUAAAAGAGGUGCCUAUCAACCACAGUAUCAAAGGACCUUUAUUUGACAAGUCCCGACUUUAUCCUAGUUGGAAAUUUAAACGUUCCGUUGGUCCCGGCUUUAUUAAUGGACACAACACAUGUUUCUUAAAUUCAGUGCUCCAAUGCCUUACUUAUACACCACCCUUGGCUCAAUAUCUCUUAAAAGGAGAACACACAAAUAAUUGUCGCUCGGACGGUUAUUGUGCUUUAUGUGCCAUGGAAAUUCAUAUCAUGCGUUGCUUUAAAGACCCAAAGAGCUUUACCAAAAACGCAGCUAUUCUUCCUAGUUACUUUACUAGUAAUUUACGCACCAUUUCAAAGACUUUACGAUUGGGUCGUCAAGAAGACGCACAUGAAUUUUAUAUUCUUUUAUUAUCUGCCUUCCAAAAAGGUUCUAUCGCUGGUUUAGGCAAAUUACCUCCCAAAGUGGAGGAAACCACACUUAUUCAUCAAGUGUUUGGUGGUAAACUUCGCUCACAGUUAAAAUGUUACAAUUGUAACGCAACUUCCAACAAUUACGAAGCGUGUUUAGACUUGAGUGUCGACCUCAACAACAAUGCCAACACACUUGAAGAUACCUUAAAUAAUUUUAUCAAGGUGGAUCAAAUCGAUGGCUAUAAGUGCGACACUUGUAAGCAAACAGUAAAGGCAGGCAAACAAAUGACAGUGAAUGAGGCCCCUCUCAUGCUCACAGUGCAUUUAAAGCGUUUUGCCUUUGAUUUACAUACAGGUAAUAUGCGUAAAAUCAGCAAGCACGUCGAGUUUUCGGAGACCUUGGAUUUGGCACCUUGCAUGAGUAAAGACAAGUUAGAGACCAACAGUAACACAAGCUACUCCCUUUAUGCAGUGCUUGUGCAUUACGGAUAUGGUUGUAGCUCUGGUCAUUACUACGCCUUUGUGAAGAAUACCAACGGGUUAUGGUACUGUAUGGACGACGAAUCCGUGCAACCCACUACAUUGAACGAAGUACUCAAGGAGAAUGCUUACAUGCUCUUCUACCAACAAAAUGUAGCAUCCCUUAGUACAUCAUCCGAUAAGAUACCAACACCACCAACACCAUCGUCGCCACCUGUUGUAAAAGAACUGGAUAUUCAACCACCUCCUGUGGUGAUGCCCAAGAAGGCCAUCAAGGAUACAACACAGGUGAAGAAAACACCCAAGGACAAGAAGAAAAAGAAGCAGUCGGAGGAAGUGGACGAGAUGGAGGAAACAAAGGACACAAGAAGAGUCGUGAUUGAACGUGUCAUGGCAGAUUCACCUGACGCCUGGUACACACAAUCGGCAGACAAACCACACCGUUCGCUUCGUGGUAAUAUGUCACCACCCACCUAUGGUGCUGCUGUCAGUGAUGCUACCUCUUGGACCAUCAACGAUCUUCAUGAUUACGUGUCAAAGAUCAAAUCAAAGAAGAGACGCGUCUUUAGAAAGAAUUUGGAAGCAAGGAAGACCGAUUGGACUGUCAAGCCUUACUAAAGACAGUAUAUAACAAAUAGAGACAAUGGGAAGGGAAGGAGGGAUUUUAGAUAUUGGUUUUUUUAUAUAUAUAUCUCUACAACAACAACAACAACAACAACAACAACAACAACAACAACAACAACAACAACAAAAGAAAAUAUUUUUUUUUAGUAAAAUAAAA